AUGCGGACCCCAGAAAAUGAAACCGAGCGUGCAGCUCACGCGAUCCAUCCACAUCCUCCGCGAGAGCCAAGAGCCAUGUGUCCUCCAACGCCUCCACCUGAAAUAGGCGAUGAUGCCGUUCACAAUAUUGGCGCGAAUGGGGGUAAAGAUGAUGGUGCAACUGGUGGGGACUCUGCGGCCGCGCUCAACUUCGUGCAGGACCGCAGCCUGUACAUGACAUCUGAAGGAGCCGAGGUUGACACUCUCCCAGAAAGCACGCCAGCGGAUACUUGCGACAAUGACAAGGAGACAGCAGCAAGAGAGGGUGGAACGGAGAUCGAUACGGCCUUCAAGACAGAUGUCACCAUGCUCGAUCAUUCGGCGGUCGAUGCGACAAGCAUGCCUACACCAGAGAGCGUUGCCUUGGAUGGGGACGCUGCAGACAUGUUCUGUGCCACAAGGCUUUCCGAAUCCCUCACAGCUCAGACGACAGGGGAUGCAUUGUGUGCUGACGAGCCAACUCAGCAAAGACCAUUUACUGGACCCAAGACGUCCAAAGAACAUGACUUCGAGGCCACUCAUGAAGACUUUCCGGACCCCACUAAACCAUACACCAGCAUCGGCUGUACAGCCAGCUCUGUUAGAUCUUCCGAUCCUUCCGCUACUCCCCGUUUCGAGUUCUCCAACACGCGUCUCUACCCGCAUUACCCUUCCUCCUUCCUACGUCCCGGCUCGAAGUUCAGCGGCACUCAACAAUCUGACCGUCAAAUCUACAACGUUGAUGUUCAGAUCCUUACUCUCUCUGUCGCCGAGUCGACCUUGACUGGUUACCUGCGCAUUUGCGGUCUCACGGAAGAUCACCCAACACUAACGACUUUCUUCACUGGCGAGAUCAUUGGUGGUCCGAAUCACAAACACACCUUUCAAACUAAAGAUCCCAGCUGGGGCGCCUCAGACCGCACCGAUCUGUCACAUUGGGCUCGCUUUCCAGCGUGGCGGCCUCUCAACAAAGAUGCUAGAAGAGAUAUCAAUUUCAAAUACCCACCUCAUGCCAUUGGACCAGGAUCACGACCAACAUCAUCAUUAUCAUCAACAAUUCCCCUUCAUACCGCCACUAUAGACGAUGUAGAAGACCAAGCUGACGACGACGCCAAUCCCGGCUGGUGGACUCAACCUAACAUUUUCAUGCGCUGGAAGGAGUGGUUCCUCGUUCCAGAUCAUCGCGUAAGAAGUAUACAGGGGGCCAGUUUUGAGGGAUUCUAUUAUAUUUGCUUCAAUCAGGUGGAAGGCAAGAUUGAUGGCAUCUACUUCCAUGCUAGAAGCGAGAAGUGA